GUGAUACAGUUAGAGGUGGCAUGUUGCACAUUUCCUCUACAGGACUAAUAGCGCUCCUGCAGGUGUAGUGUAGUACAGCUGCCGUGCAGAGCCGUGUGUUCUAGUAUUUGCAGAGCGGUGCCUGGUUGUAGUGUUGUGUCACUGCAGAUUUAGCAAAAGAAAUGAAGGAACUGACUGAGGAAGAUCUGAACAGUGUUCUUCUAAACAAGGGAGAUAUUCGUCGACGCCACAUUUCCAAGGUGGUGGAAGAGGUUCAGAAAGUAACCCAGCAGCUCACGGCCUACGUCAGUACUCAGGAUCUCAGAUUCCAGACUAUCGCCAACACAGGGAUUCACAGCGACAGUCUAAAGGAUCAGCCAGACCUACUAGCUCAUUGGACGGUGCUGCUCAGGGGGAGACGCAUUCUGCACCCCUCUAUACAGGUUGUGGCUCCUUCCCAGUUCUUGGUCACUGUGCCACUUCGGGGUCUAAGUGGAUUCCGGCAGAGGAGUACCAGGCGUUGGCGCUACUAUACCCCAAGCGGUGUCCGUCUGCUGACUCCAGUUAUGGAGCCUGAGAAACUACACCAAUGGUUGGAGGUGGAACAGUUCCAAAAAAGCACACCCCACUGGCAUGAAAGUGAUGUCAACAUUCAGGGGGACUUGCUCCCGGCCCGCGUGGUCAGCGUCUUCCAGGCACUUCUCCACAGGGCCAUCUCCUCCUGCAACCUUUCUGAUAAGGUGAGUGUGAUGGACUGCUUUGGUCCCGCCACUAAAGUGCACAUAGAGACCUCAAUGCAGUCUGUGGAAGUAGAGUUGGUCCCAAUGAUAGAGAUCCCUGGUUACUGGCCCAAGAAAGCUCGCUGGCCAAGGUUCCUAAAGCGGUGGCCUUCCAAGGACCGAGCUCAGUGUGUAAAGUCCUUUGGUUUUGACCUAUUGGCACGAUCUAAUUACCACUGGCAGCUGUCCUUCCUUCGAGCAGAGCGCCUCCUGCUGGAAACCAUGGAUGAGGAUGGUGGCUGCCGCAUGAAAUGUCUGCGUGUUCUGCGCCAGAUGAAGGAAGAUAUUUGGUGUCCAGGAAACCAUCCUGUGAUUACUUCACAACACUUACACAUGAUUGUUCUCUGGGCCUGUGAGAAACAUCCAACCACCAAGUCAUGGCAAGAUUUUGUAAAAUGUUUUCUGCGUCUUGUUCGGCAGCUUCUGAAGUGCACAAGACAAAGAUUCCUCCGCCAUUACUUUGUCAGACGUGCCAAUCUAUUGAAAUAUGCAGAUGCUACACAGAUGGAUGUACUGGCUACCAAACUGACCCAGUUCCUUCAAUGUCCAUCUAUAGAGAGUUCUUUAAACAAAGGGAGCUCAUCUGUCUGCUAACAGUGCUCAGCCCAGGAUUUACUAAACUUUGGAACUGCACUUCGAAAUAUCUCUUCCUAAUUGAGAAAAGACCACUAAGAUAUACCUCCAACCCUUGUUCGUAAAAGACAAGAAACUUAACUGUGCCCAGAGACUGUAUCUCCACCUGCUAUUCCUGAUAGAGACCAGUCUGUACUCUGAGAAGUUACCUCCAACCGCUGCUCCUGAUAGAGAUGGAAAAAUUCUGUUCUCUAAAUUGUUCUCCACCCCUUGACUUGGUGGAGAGGAAGACAGUAGGUUAUGAGACAUUUCUCCAUGGACCUGAUAGAGAAGACACUGAAUUAUGAGAUGUUUCCCCACAGCCAUGGUCCUGAUCGAGCAGACAAUGAAUUAUGAGAUGUUUCCCCACAGCCAUGGUACUGAUGGAGAAGACAAUGAAUUAUGAGAUGUUUCCCCACAGCCACGGUCCUGAUCGAGCAGACAAUGAAUUAUGAGAUGUUUCCCCACAGCCAUGGUACUGAUGGAGAAGACAAUGAAUUAUGAGAUGUUUCCCCACAGCCACGGUCCUGAUCGAGCAGACAAUGAAUUAUGAGAUGUUUCCCCACAGCCAUGGUCCUGAUAGAGAAGACAAUGAAUUAUGAGAUGUUUCCCCACAGCCAUGGUCCUGAUAGAGAAGACAAUGCAUUAUGAGAUGUUUCCCCACAGCCAUGGUCCUGAUCGAGCAGACAAUGCAUUAUGAGAUGUUUCCCCACAGCCAUGGUCCUGAUAGAGAAGAAAAUGCAUUAUGAGAUGUUUUCCCACAGCCAUGGUCCUGAUAGAGAAGCCAAUGAACUAUGAGAUGUUUCCCCACAGCCAUGGUCCUGAUCGAGAAGACAAUGCAUUAUGAGAUGUUUCCCCACAGCCAUGGUCCUGAUAGAAUAGACAAUGAAUUAUGAUAUGUUUCCCCACAGCCAUGGUCCUGAUAGAAUAGACAAUGAAUUAUGAGCUGUUUCCCCACAGCCAUGGUCCUGAUAGAGAAGACAAUGAACUAUGAGAUGUUUCCCCACAGCCAUGGUCCUGAUCGAGAAGACAAUGCAUUCUGAGAUGUUUCCCCACAGCCAUGGUCCUGAUAGAAUAGACAAUGAAUUAUGAGCUGUUUCCCCACAGCCAUGGUCCUGAUAGAGAAGACAAUGAACUAUGAGAUGUUUCGCCACAGCCAUGGUCCUGAUCGAGAAGAAAAUGCAUUCUGAGAUGUUUCCCCACAGCCAUGGUCCUGAUAGAAUAGACAAUGAAUUAUGAGAUGUUUCCCCACAGCCAUGGUCCUGAUAGAAUAGACAAUGAAUUAUGAGAUGUUUCCCCACAGCCAUGGUCCUGAUAGAAUAGACAAUGAAUUAUGAGAUGUUUCCCCACAGCCAUGGUCCUGAUAGAGAAGAAGACAUUGUAUCAUGUAUGCCCAUAAUGCACUGUCCACAGUCUUCUAUAAUUGAGUGGAGAACCCCUAGUCUCUCCCUAUACUGUGCAAUGCAGGAGAUGCAGUGGGUUGUCACCAGGUGGCAGCACUGAUUAAUAUAUUGAGAUUGCCUGUCCUCUAUAAUGCUAUGAUGCUUUAGACUCGCUCCUGCUGAUAGCCAACUCAGAAACAAUGUAACUGUAUACUGUGUGAUAUAUUAUAAUCCAUGCCCUGAUACUGUGUGAUAUAUUAUAAUCCAUGCCCUGAUACUGUGUGAUAUAUUAUAAUCCAUGCCCUGAUACUGUGUGAUAUAUUAUAAUC